AUGGCCUCUGAAGAUAAUCCUAUAUUUUUAUAUCAUUACAGGUCGUCCGUUAAAAUUGGUGAACUUGAGAGGUAUUAUUUUGCUUAUGAUUUCUAUGAUGAUGAUGAUGAUUUACCGGAGGACUUGGACUUCGGGUCUUUAUGGGUGAAAGUAAAGAACAUUUCAAACUUGACAUAUAGAGCGGCAUAUUUGAUGGGACCUUAUGUAUUAUAUUGUGAUGUAAGAACAAAAGAAUACCAUCAUUCGCAAAAGCUAUUUGCUUCAGCGGAUCAGCCACAGUUUGAUUCAACAAUUCAACCUCAGCAGGAAUUUAUUGCAGAGUUAUCAUUACACAAGCUACAAAAAAAGUAUUUUUGGAUAGUUGAAGUUAUCAGUCAGAUUAUAUUUACUUCUAACACCCAAAUUGCGUUUGAAAUCACGAUUGCGACAUCCAAGGAAGCCAUAAGCGAAGAUAUUGCGCUUGAACCGACAGCUGGCUCUUUUAGUAAUAGAAUUACGGUUAAUCGACAAACGACUUUAGAUCUCUGGAAUUUGCCACAACAAAUAUUUGAUGAUUGUUUAAAACCUGAACAUUUAGUAAUCCUUACACAUGGAUUACAUUCAAACAUCACUGCAGAUCUCAACUAUUUGAAGGAACAGAUAGAAGAUGCUCAACGACACUAUCCUAAUGAGUUAUUAAUUGUUAAAGGUUUUAUGGAUAAUAUAUGCAAGACUGAAAAGGGCAUCAAAUUUUUGGGAACCAGGUUAGCAGAACAUAUUGUGAAACAGCUAUAUAAUAAAAGGGUUAAAAAAAUAUCGUUCAUUGGUCAUUCCUUAGGUGGCUUAACGCAAACCUUUGCUAUCGCCUAUAUUUCGGUAAACUAUCCGUGGUUUUUUGAUACAGUUCAGCCAGUGAAUUUUGUCACUCUAGCCUCGCCACUAUUGGGUCUUGUAACAAACAACCCUGUUUAUGUUAAUAUGUUUUUAUCUAUGGGAAUUGUUGGCAAAACUGGUCAAGAUUUGAGAUUACAGGUAGCUUCAAAUCAAGAAAGCCCAUUAUUGUACGAUCUACCGGGACCGAUCACAAGGAAUGCCUUAAAAAAGUUUCAGAAGAGGACAUUAUAUGCUAAUGCUACAAAUGAUGGAAUCGUUCCUCUUUACACUUCAGCACUUCUUUAUCUAGAUUAUGAUGAUGUCUUGAGUCAGCUUAAGAAUAAUUCUUAUUACAGGUCCGAUAGCCAAAAUUUCUUUACGAAAACGCUUUUUAACCCAUUAAUAAAGGUCAUAAAUUUAUUAGCACCUCAACUUCAAGGAGACUCUGCUAUCCCCAAGGGCUCUAUACUUGAAUCUGUGAUGUCUGUUUUGCUUCCUCCACUGCCGGACAAAACGUAUAUCAUGGAUCCUUCUUCAAGACCGAAUAUUAUAUUACAUGACAAGAUGUAUUCUGAGGAUGACAUCCCUGAACCAAAUUCUUCACCUUCAAAAAGUUUUUGGGAUUCAUUAUUAAAUCUUGGAAAUGGGGAUCAAUAUAAGCAAUUGGAAGAAGAAAUGGCUAAAAAAUGGCAUCGAGGGUUAACUUGGAGAAAGGUAAUAGUCAAUUUGAAACCAGAUGCACAUAACAAUAUAAUUGUUAGGAGAAGGUUUGUGAAUGCCUAUGGCUGGUCUGUGGUAGAUCACUUGGUUCAAAAUCAUUUUAAUGGGACAGAAAAUUCUUAUCCUGUCGGAAAUCAUGCUGACUCACCUAUAGAUGAACAAGUCGAAAGAGACUGCCACUGGAUAAACAGGCCACAUAAUGGAACUUUUUUCGAUGUUGGACUGACUGGCAUGAUAUCUUCUGUUGGUGAAAUAAUAGAAAAUUUUAAAAAUACUGCCUUUCAAUCUAAUUCUACCCCUAAUCCACCAUUGCCAAGGGAUGCAUUUGAGGAGGAACUUUUCAGGUUCACUAAUAAUAUAUUGGGGUAA